ACCAUGCAGUCAGCUCUAUUUUACUAAAAUAUUUAUGCUUGGAUAAGAAGAUUGACUAGAUAUGCAUACAUUUAUUUUGAAGGUUCAGUUACUACUCAUACUUCAUACUUUAGGCAUCAAAUGUUUAAACACUUUUAAGGAGAACACUACACUUUUUGUUGACAAUGGGGACACGUUUGUUUUCAAUUGUACAUGUUUUAGUGGAAAUGAAAGUGCAUGGAAAGGUCCAGACGGAAAUGACACAGUGCUAACUGCCUACUCAACUGGCCGGAAAAUCAAUCCUUACUUAAAUAUACCAAAUAUCUUUAUAUAUGGUAAUUACACUAUAGGAAAGUGUCAUCUAGAGAUAGCAAACUAUUCGACAGUCAACGAUGGUAUUUACGAGUGCAGUUAUUUGCUAUCUGGGAACUUGCAUAUUCAAAGAUACAACGUAUUUAGUAAAAGACCACCGAAGAAUUUGAAAAUAAUGGAAGCUUCAGAGAAUAAUGCAAUAUACGGAAAAGAGGGAGUUCGGAUAGAGUUGAAAUGUACUGUAAAAACUGGUAUACCAGCAUCAACCCUAUUUUUGAGUAAAGAGGGUCUGACUGUUUCAUAUGGCAGAAGUGACAUUUUGUUGUAUCAAUUUACACCAACAAGAUUGGAUCAUAUGCAAAACAUCACAUGUUAUGCCUUAAGUGAAUUGUUGACAGCUCCACUGUCUCAAACAAUAUACUUAGAUAUACAAUAUGGACCUUCCUUGAAGAUUAUUCAGCAAACAAAUGAAUCAAAUAUAGAAGGUGAAUCUGUGAAAUUAUGUUGCCAUUCAAACAGUAAUCCUAAUGUACAUUACAUUGGUUGGGCAAUGAACAGCCAUGAGUUAAAUUCUUGGAGGCAACGCGGUAGAAUGAAAGUUGAUGGAACCAGGAAAGUGUUUUGCCUACGACUUUCCCCUUUGUAUAGAAACCAUACUGGUAACCACACAUGUAUUGCGGAGAACAGCAUUGCUAAGUCAAAUUCCUCAAUAGCCAUCAAUGUUUUAUAUCCACCAGAUGUUAAAGUAAGCUAUAAAAUUUCCGACGAAAGAAUAACGCUUCAUUGUAUUCCGGACGGAAAACCAGACAGUUACACAUACUAUGAUUGGAAACACAAAUCAGAAUUCAAUGAAGACAUUCGUACUAUCCAUGGAACACCAGAAGGUCAACUUAUUAUAAAAAAAUCUCACAGCAGGAAGGCAAAUGAAGACGACGGUAUUUACGUGUGUACCGUAUUUAAUGGUGUCCCCGAUCUUCAAGGAAAUUUUCAUCAAGAAGGUCAAACUUUCAUUGAAUCCAUUGGUAAGAACUAUAAGCCAAUAGAAAUGUACAUUUUGCUAAGCUAACAUCGCUAAAAGGACAAUUAAAAUGUUUUUUU